GUCUCGCCGGAUUUCAUCUGUGUGCUGCUGUUCACUUUCCACAGACAUGAGGGGCUGAACAUCUCUCAUCAACCGGCAAUGUGACUCUGGCCCUAAAAAAAAACCUUUCUGUUCUUUUUGAUCUGGCCAUUUAAACAACGACUUUAAAAGCAUAGAACCUUGUAGUCCCCUGAUAAGGAAUAUAUUUAGAGCUGUUGUUAAUUUACUAAAGAUGUCUAUACUGCCUUUCACGCCACCGAUUGUAAAGAGACUUCUGGGCUGGAAGAAGGGCGAGCAGAACGGACAGGAGGAGAAAUGGUGUGAGAAGGCAGUGAAGAGUCUGGUGAAGAAGUUGAAGAAGACAGGACAGCUGGAGGAGUUGGAGAAGGCCAUCACCACCCAGAAUAUCAACACCAAAUGCAUCACUAUACCGAGGUCUCUGGAUGGCCGUCUGCAGGUAUCUCACAGAAAAGGCCUCCCCCAUGUGAUCUACUGCCGGCUGUGGCGUUGGCCUGACCUGCAGUCCCACCAUGAAUUGCGUGCCGUAGACUUGUGCGAGUUUGCUUUCCAUAUGAAGAAGGACGAGGUGUGUGUGAACCCUUACCACUACCAACGUGUAGAAACACCAGUUUUGCCUCCAGUCCUGGUUCCUCGGCAUGCUGACAUCCCCACAGACUUCCCUCCGCUGGAUGAUUACUCCAUCCCUGAGAACACCAUAUUCCCAGCGGGCAUUGAGCCUCCGAGCAACUAUAUACCGGAGACCCCUCCUCCAGGCUACCUAAGUGAGGAUGGCGAAACCAGUGACCACCAAAUGAACCACAGCAUGGACACAGGUUCCCCAAAUCUUUCACCCAACCCUGUCUCUCCUGCAAACAGCAACCUAGUGGUUUUGUUCCAUGAAAAAAAACAAUCAUCUCCUUCAAAAGUGUUUGUUGUGAUGGGAACCCUGGAGAGUCAGAGUGAUUUUUAUCUGCAGCCAGUAACAUAUUGUGAAUCCGCAUUUUGGUGCUCGAUUUCCUACUACGAGCUGAAUCAGCGUGUGGGUGAAACUUUCCACGCCUCGCAACCGUCUCUGACCGUGGACGGCUUUACAGACCCCUCUAACGCAGAGCGCUUUUGCCUGGGCCUGCUGUCCAACGUCAACCGCAAUGCAGCCGUGGAGCUGACGCGCAGACACAUCGGCCGAGGCGUGCGUUUGUAUUACAUCGGUGGUGAGGUGUUUGCUGAGUGUCUGAGUGACAGCGCUAUUUUCGUCCAGAGUCCGAACUGUAACCAGCGGUAUGGCUGGCACCCCGCCACAGUGUGUAAGAUUCCUCCAGGAUGUAAUCUGAAGAUCUUCAAUAAUCAGGAAUUUGCAGCUCUGUUGGCCCAAUCAGUAAAUCAGGGAUUCGAGGCCGUGUACCAGCUUACCCGCAUGUGUACCAUUCGCAUGAGUUUUGUCAAAGGCUGGGGGGCAGAAUACAGGCGGCAGACAGUGACCAGCACCCCCUGCUGGAUAGAGCUGCAUCUCAAUGGCCCCCUGCAAUGGCUGGACAAGGUGCUCACUCAGAUGGGCUCUCCAAACCUCCGCUGCUCCAGCGUGUCAUAGGACGAACCCUCAGCUCAUUUCAUGUAACCAUAAUCAUCUAAUCACAUCCAGGACCCACCCUUUAUUACUGCUUAAUGCCAAGCAAGCAAACAGAGCAAGGACGGGGGAGACCAACACCUGCUGGACUCAGUGUCACUUUAUCAAUUACAGAUCUCAAUGUUUUGCUGUGAGCAAAAAUGGACACGUACAGUUGAAGCACUUUGAACAAUGACACUCAUGGAACAUGGCUGAUAUUUCCUCAAGUGUGAUGAGUUAAAAUGAGGAAUUUUCCUCAUUGUGAAUUUUAAUGUGAUCAUAAAAUUAUGAUUCUGUCCGUUUUUUGUUUUGAUCGAGAAAUGUAUCACACAUUUAAUUUGAUCUUAAGGUAUUAGAAUCAUGGGCUCAAAAUCAUAAAUGUCCUCAUAGGGGGCCUAGUAGACGUUUCUGGCGACUUAGUGCUGCACCAGACAAGCCUUCAGAGAAGAGUCCUUUGUUUCCACCACCUUCAGUGAAGGGGUCUUGUGUGAACUGUUACAGUAUGUUAGCCUGGGCAGUUUGUCUAGUUGUGCUCAAGUAAAUUGCACUGCACUGGACAGGUCAAUACAAUGUGAUUGCGAUUGCUGUCUGUCUCAAAUGCACGGUCGACCAGGUUAUAUUUCUGACAGAAACUGAGUGUGUAAAAGCUGCUUUGCCUUGAUUAUAAAAAGCACUUGUUUUUACAACCUAAUGACGCCGUAAACAAGAAAAUAGCAUUGGAAAUUUGUCAAUGACAUGCUAGUAGCUAAUAGUGCCAUAUUUCUUGAACUUGGUUACCAUUUGAAUUUUGCUCAGCAAAGACAUUUUUGUAAAAAGUAUUUUUGCAUAAUAAACCCAAUGGAGAUUGCGAAAGUAUAUUUUUACUGCUGCCCUAGAGUAUUGUAAUUAAGAUUGUGUAGUAAAGUAUUUAUCACCCACAUCUGCAGGUGGGCAUCACUGUCAUAUUAUACAUAGAUUUUAAGAAAAAUGUACACCUUUAAAGGGAUAGUUCACCCGAAAAUGAACAUUUUGUCAUUAAUUGCUCACCCUCAGGCUGUUUCAAACCUGUAUGAGUUUAUUUCAAAAAAUUGUAUUCCUUUAUUUUUUAUUAUUUAAAAAAAAAAAAUAACUGUCUGGUUACCAACAUUCUUUAAAAUAUCUUCUUUUGUGUUCAGCAAAAGAAAGAAACUCAUAUGGGUUUGGAACAACAUGAGGGUGAGUAAAUGAUACAAUUUUUGGGUGAACUAAUACCUCUAAGGUGUAGUCACAUUAGUGAAAUUGGUGCAAAAUUUCAGGGGUAAAAAUGUUAGCAACAUUUCACUGGUCCAUUGUAUGGUAGGCUUUGGGAAAAAAAAGUGUCUGAUAAAUGCAUAAAUGUAUAAAGCACUGAUCACACGGAAGUCACUUUUGUGCAUGAAUCCAUGUGACCAACGUGAACCUGGUAUUAUCUGAGUAGUGAAAUCUUUAGCAAAUUCCCAAUUGUGCGGAUUCAUAUUAAAAUGACUGGAUUUUGCAGACAAAAAUUUGCCAAACAAUGGUAAAUGUGACCGCACCAUUAUUCACCACAUUUUCACCAACAUUCACUUGCUUUCAUUGAUUCUCUUCUGUGUGCAUGAAAGGGAUGUUUUAGACUCAGGACUGUCAAUCCAUUGAACUGAUUUUUGAGCUCAUGAAGUCAUCUAACAACUGACAGCAUUUCAUAUCUCUACAUAUUACACUAUUUUACAUUAAGUGAUUUCUGAGUGGGUAAAAAUUGCCACUAUUGUAUUUAGAGGGGUUUUUUUUUCACUGAAAAAUGGAGGGCAAGUACUGCUGGCAGCUCUUGGAAAGCUUGUAUUUUUACAUAAAGAUUGAUUUCACAAGAGAAUAGUGUAAAUGGCUAGAUUUUUAUGUGUACACUUUGAUCUUCAGGUUAUUUAAAUCCCUGAAUUUGUUGUACUGAUAUUUAACAACUAACUCAAUGCAUGGUCAGAAAUCAGCAGUCCGUAUGCAUAUUUCUUAUUUAACUGGGUGAUGCCUGGUUUCUCAAGGAAUAAGCACUGAAUCAUUGCUCAUGAAAAUCCUGACAAUCUCUGCUUGAUUUUGAAAAUCAAAUGGAUGUUUCAUGGAACAACUGAUGCUUGUGUUUGAUUCCCCCAAGCUGUGUCUUUUGCUCUGAAUCUUGCCGACUCUUUAUCUGUGACCCAACAGGGCUAACGGAUUGACAAUGGACUGUUGAUAUUAUUUAGAUUUGUCCUUUUUGCUGGAAUAUUGCUUGUAUCCUGUUUGUUUUCUUGCACUCUUGAUUUGGAAGCAAAUACAACAUUCUUUGUCUAAUAGUGUCAGUAAAUUAAUUCAUAUACUUAAACUGGUGCUUAAUUCUUGUUUUCCCUGAAUUUCCCUUUUGCUUUUCUGUAACGUACACUCACUUCACUUUUCUUGUGAAGUCAAGACUUCACUUUCCUUGUUAUAUUGACUUUUAUGUACAUUUUAAUAAUAAAAUGUUUUAAGAGCA